ACAACUCCCAAAGCAUUCCCCUCCUCCCCGGGCUGCAGACGUCUCUCUCCGGGAAACGUGCGCGUGCGAACAGUCGGCAUACGUCAUGGCGGCCUGGCGCCUCUUUGUGGUUACCCGUACGUGGGCCGCCUGGGGGCCCCGGGAGCUCCCAGACCCCACCUACCCUGGAAGACUCUUGGUUCGGUAUUAUGCCAAGAAGCCAGUCCUGAAGGGAUUGAAGGGCAGCAAAGGUGGUGUGGUCGGCGAGGCCCUGAAGGACCCGGAUGUGUGUACAGACCCUGUGCGGCUCACCACACACGCCAUGGGCGUCAACAUCUACAAGGAGGGCCAGGAUGUGGUCCUGAAGCCGGACGCUGAGUACCCAGAGUGGCUGUUCCAGAUGAAUGUGGGCCCCCCCAAGAAGCUGGAGGAGCUGGACCCUGAUACCCGAGAGUACUGGCGGCUGCUGCGGAAACAGAACAUCUUACGAGAAAACCGGCUGAACCGGAACAGGAAGUUCUAGUGGACCAGGAGGGGCACAGCAUGUCCCCUCCCCGCCCAAGACUCUUUACAGGGAGAAAACAGACUUUGACAAGAAUCUCAGGAGGCCCCAGCCUGGGCGUGUGUGGCCCCACAGUGAGGCUGGACCAGCCCCGGGUCUGUAAGGACCAUUCCAGGCUGGGCACGGUCCCCAAGGCUCUGGCGGAAGGAGUACGGCACUUGCUUUGGCAGCACAUAUACUAAAACAGGAGGAGCGUGAGUUUGAGCCGAGCCUGGGCAACCCAGCAAUUUAGUGAGACCCUGUGUCAAAAAUAAAAGGGCUGAGGAUUUAGCUCAGUGUGAAGGCCCUGGGUUCCUUCUCAGCACCACAAUAGAAAAGAAAAAGAAAUAAAAUGACCUCCCUCGGCAGCCCUAGCA